AUGCGGUACCGUGAUUUUUCAUCCCGCGCAGAUGUAUUCUCCUCUCUCACCUUAGUUGGAGAGACAAGUAUUAAGGAGUAUACUACCUCUACCAGCAAUAUUGUUGGACGUUUGGUGAAAUUGGCGUUUGGUGGUGUUGGAUACGGGUGCGGUGUUCUCACAGUAGACCCCGUCGAAAGGAAAUGCUGGAAGCUGAAGAGGUAA